UUUCAGAACACAUUUUCAAUGAGUGUUGGAACAAAUUUUGACUGGGAUUUUCCCGAUUUUCCGCUGGGUAAUUAUUCAUCUUCAGAUUUUCCAAUAGAAAAACUAAGACAUGGCGAUGAUGAGACUAACUUUGAAACUAUUGUUGGUAUCGCAGUUGUGUUCUCUGCAGCAACUGGAAUUUUUGCAAACUUUUUGGUGAUUCUUCUAUCAUUCGGUCAUGUGCAGGGAGAUUUUCGGUUUUUCGUCGCAAACCUCGCUUUAGUGGACAUACUUUGUGGUUCUGUAUUUAUGUUUAUGGGAUAUAUUAAUGUGAAUGAUGAUCAUCAUAUUCCUAGCCAAUUUCUAUACUAUAUGACAUUGGCGUUUUAUGGAUCAUUUGGUACAAUGAUAUGCGCAAUUGUGCCGAUUUCAUUGAGCAGAGUGCUUGCUUUAUCCAAUGCUUCUCUUUAUUCUACAUGUUUCGGUGGUCGCCGUUCAUUGAUCUUCUGCAUAUUUUUGGAUUUCCUUCCCGUUUGCAUAUUAUAUCUUAUCUGUGUAGUGGAGCAUGACGUCGCCAAGGUUCUUUUUUACAUCUUUGCAUUCAUUACCACUUUGGCGUAUUUUGUGGCAUUUACCACAAAUUACAUGGUUUUUCGAGUUGUUGCAAAACAUAUACAAGUAGUCGAAAACCUUCAUGACCAAGCAAGACUGUUGGAAACAAGGCAGGUUGCAAUUGCGACACUGGCUCAAGCUAUAAUUCCACUUUUUUGCCAGGUUCCCGCUUUUCUGACACUGAGUUCAGUGCUACUACUCUCGGAGCCAAUAACCAACGGCCAUGUGAUUAUAACAACACAACUCUGGCUUGCGUUAAGCCCAUUUCUAGACGCGGUGAUUACAAUUAUAGUCAUUAAGCAAUAUAGGAAAAACUGUCUCACUUGUGCAUCUACCAUGGGUAAACGGAUUUGGAAGCCUAAAAAUACAGAUGCUCUAUACACAGAGGAAAAAGAAGCUUUCGAAACUAGGCUUUGAAUUUACCAACUUUUCCCCUUUUUUGCUGUGUUUAAUUUUAUCACUUUUGUAAAUCUAAAGAUCUCAUUUUCAUUCAAUUCACGGUUAUUUUAAUAAAUAUUCUGUUCGUAAAA